CUUACUCUUUCAUUCUCUCACCCCUCUCUCUUCCUCUCUUAUUCUUCCUCUUUCAACUAUCUCCCCUCAUUUCACCUUCCACUGUCCGGAGCCUUCAUGAGCAUGAGCGACUCGUGAAAGGGCUGGAUCACGUCAGGCGCUUGUUGUGUCAUGCCAGAGCUUGCUCAUCCCUCCCUAGCUCCCCUCGACGACCACAGCCCCCGCGUCCAUCCCCGCGAGUCCAUGACGCUCCGUCACCGCGGUGCAGGCCGAUCUGCAACCUUUGCAGAGGGUACAGCCAACCCGCGAAACCAACGUCGCAAUUCUACCUUGUCCGACACAGUAUCUGAGGCCCGGAACUCGAUUCGGUCAUCCACGGACGACUUACUUUUCCCACGUGCGGCCAAGAGAAGUGACGUGAACCUGACAAAUGAAGAAUCACAUUGGCAUUCAGCACCCUUGGGCCUCGCUUUGUUGCCUGCGGUUGCCGGAAUAUUUUUCCAGAACGGAAGUGCUGUGGUCACCGACGUCACCCUUCUUAUUCUCGCAGCCGUCUUUUUGAAUUGGUCCGUUCGAUUGCCGUGGGAUUGGUAUCGCUCCGCACAAGCUAUCCGCCAUACAGAUAGGUUCUUUGGCGCCACGGAUCCGCCAUUCCAAUCAGAAGCCGACGGUCAUCCAUCCUCACAGGGACACGAAGGAGAUGCAAUUGAGAGUGAUGACCAGAAACUACAUGACAAUGCUGCGGCGGCGGCAGCAGCAGCAGCCAGUAGGGAACUACAGAUUCACGAAAUCAUAGCUCUUGUGUCUUGCUUCGUAUUCCCAGUAAUUGGGACAUGGAUUCUACACACCAUCAGAUCCAAGUUGUCGCGCCCUUCGGAAGGACUCGUGUCCAAUUACAACCUGACUAUAUUCCUGCUGGCGUCGGAGAUCCGGCCGUUCUCCCAUCUCCUAAGAAUGGUGCAGGCGCGAACGCUCCAUCUCCAGCGAGUUGUCACAUUGUCGUCAGAAGAUGAAUCAGACAGAAUAGAUGUGCAUGAUAUUGCGAAGCGGCUCGAGGAGCUCGAAGCCCACGUCGCGGAGACUGCUGCAGCACGUCUGUCAGCCAGUACCCUGGAUCAGGCCCAGUCACAUGCACAAGAUCUGGAGACAAUUCAAUCGGCAAUCACGCAAACGGCUGCAGAAGUACGAAAGACCUUCCAGGCAGACAUUGAUGCUCUGAAUCGGGCCGUACGAAGGUACGAGAAACGGACCGCCGUUUCUGCCUACCAAACGGAUUCUCGUCUCCAAGCCCUGGAAACCCAGAUGCACGAUGCCUUCUCCUUAGCAACAACAGCCCAUCGAACAAGCAUGCAACGGCCACAAGGGGUUUUUCUCAUGGUAUUCAGUGGGAUUUACGCUGCCUUUUCACUGCCAGUGCAGGCAUUCAUGUCCGUUGUCUGUCUGCCAUUGCACAUGUCGAAAAGCUGUUUGCGUUAUAUCAGGAGUAUGCUGUUCUCAAAAUCUUCUUCAGUACCUCAAACCACAAAGGAUAAAGCAUCACACAGUAAAUCACGAUUGGCGAAGAGGCCGGCACGGCCAACCUCGAAAGAAGAACCAACAGAUUCCCGGGCCCUUGGUCAAAUCAAAGAAAACCAUUAGUCUUUUGCAACCAGCGUUCAACCGGUCAUAACCAUAUACCUAGAUUAUAGAAGACGGACUAUGGAUCCUGCUUGGCGCUAUUUUCUGUUUCCUUGGGUUUGCUCUUUUCGGAACCAUAAGUCCCAACUACAUCUGAAUUCAAUUCAAAGAUGAGAAUUGUUGGUUGCAAUGAAGUUAUAGUAGUAAAUCGAUAUAGCUACUGUUCAUUCAGUCAAUGGCAAUUCGAGCGCUGUUCUAGG